AUGACAAAAGAACUAGAGAAAAACUUAUUUGACAUAGAACCAGUAAAUUUUUUAGAGGAUUACAAGUUAGACAUAGAAGAUUUAUCUUAUGACUUAGAAAAGGAAUUAAGAGAAUGCACUUUACCAGAAGAUAAUCGUUCUCCACUAGAGAGAUUUAAAGAUUAUAGUAGGUCUUGUUGUAAUUUAUCUGCAAUAUGUUCUGUUUUAUGUAUGAACUCUAAAGAAUUAGAUAAAUUAGCUCAAUCAGGUGGUUUUAAAGAUGCUGAUGAUUUAAUGGAAUAUUACCAGCAGGAAACACUAGACAUGUGUUUUAGGAAUCUACAAGAAGCAGCAGAUCGAGAUAAGAGCAUUGCAGCACUAAAGGAGCAUGGAAACACAGUAUCAGUUGCGUUUACAGGUGCAGGGAAGACUAUUUGCUUAUCUGCAGUUAUCAAGAAAUUGGCUUCAGAGAAGGCUAAUCUCAAAACUCUAGUUAUAGCCCAUAGAGACGAAAUCACUUACCAGAACCAAGAUAAAUUCUUGAAAGUAGCUCCCAAUAUUAGUACAUCAUUAUUUAAUGGUGAUACAAAGGACUGGAGCGGUCAAACUGUAUUUGGCAUGAUUCAGUCGUUAAGCAGAGAAAACGCUCUUGAGGAGCUUCCUACUUUCGAUUUAGUGGUAAUAGACGAAGCUCACCACGUAACUGCUGAAACAUACAGGAAGGUUAUAGACUGCGUUACUAAAAAUAAUCCUAAUGCUAAAAUAUUUGGCGUUACUGCUACUCCAAUGCGGGGGGAUAAGAAUAACAUUGGCGUAAUAUUCAGUAAUUGUGCAGACCAGAUUAGUUUACCAGAACUUAUAGGUAGCGGUCAUUUAGUACCACCAGUAACCUAUCGAAUAGAUACUGGCGAAACUGGUAAAAAGCUAGAAGCGAUUCACUUGCGUAAAGGUUCUGAUUACAACGAUAAGGAAAUAGCAGAUAUUUUAGAUACUGUGCCACUAAAUACAAGAGUAGUGGAAGAGUGGAAGGCUAAAGCUGGAAAUAGGAAAACAGUAAUAUUCUGCUCUAACAUUGAACAUGCUUCCAAUGUAACUGACGCUUUUAAACAUGCAGGCGUAAAAGCAGAACUAGUAACUAGCUUAAUGACUAGUGAGUCAAGGCAGCAAGCCUUACAAGAUUUAGAAAGCGGUAAAGUGCAAGUUUUAGUCAAUGUAGCUAUUCUAACUGAAGGUUGGGACUACCCACCUAUCUCAUGUGUAGUAUUGCUUCGCUGUAGCUCUUACAAGUCUACCAUGAUACAGAUGAUAGGCAGGGGUUUGCGUCCUAUUGAUGCAAGCAUUUACCCAAAUGAUAGCAAAACAGACUGUAUCGUAUUAGACUUUGGCAUAUCUACUAUCUUGCAUGGUAAUUUAGAGCAAGAAAUUAAGCUAAAAGAAGAAUUAGCCAAAGAAAGAGAUACUUGCCCAGACUGCAAGAAGAAAAUACCUUUAAGUGCUGAAGUUUGUCCGUUGUGUAAUGCUGAUAUUGAAGAAGCAGAAGAGCAGCAGAAAGUUGCUCGAGAAAAACGAGUAUUAGAGCAAUUUGUCAUGGCAGAGAUAAACUUACUAGAGAAGUCGCAUUUUGCAUGGACAGAUUUAAGAUUGCCAAAUAAAACAAUGAUGGCCGCUGGAUUUAAUGUUUGGUGUUGCGUGCUAGAAUAUGAAGGUAAGUGGUUUGCUAUAGGUGGAAGGAAGCAAAGUGCUGAUAUAGAGCUAGAAACUACAAUAGUUCAUAAAGGUGGUAAGUUACAAGCCUUAGCUGCUGGUGAAGAUUUUUUAUGUAAGUAUGAGACACAUGAGGCAGCAAGUAAAGUUGGAAGAUGGAGGCAUGAGAAGCCUACUACAAAACAACGCAAAUGGUUGCCAGAGCAAUUUAAGGGAGUUCGUAAGAUGACUAAAGGCGAUGCUAGUGCAAUACUGACUUAUUCUAUGCAAGCAUAUAACGAAAUCAAUCAGGCUCUUAGUAGCGUUGCUUAG